AUGGAGGGGCUGGCGGGGUACGUGUACAAAGCGGCGAGCGAGGGGCGAGUGCUGACCUUGGCCGCGUUGCUCCUCAACCGCUCCGAGAGCGACAUCAAGUACCUGCUGGGAUACGUCAGCCAGCACGGCGGGCAGCGCUCCACCCCGCUCAUCAUCGCCGCCCGCAACGGCCACACCAAGGUGGUCCGCCUGCUCCUCGAGCACUACCGCGUGCAGACCCAGCAGACCGGCACCGUGCGCUUUGAUGGCUUUGUCAUCGAUGGGGCCACAGCCCUGUGGUGCGCGGCAGGAGCGGGGCACUUUGAGGUUGUCAAGUUGCUGGUCAGUCACGGAGCCAAUGUGAAUCACACUACGGUGACCAACUCGACUCCCCUGAGGGCCGCCUGUUUCGACGGCAGGUUGGACAUCGUCAAGUACCUGGUGGAAAACAAUGCCAACAUCAGCAUCGCCAACAAGUACGACAACACCUGCCUUAUGAUCGCAGCCUACAAGGGCCACACGGACGUGGUGAGGUAUCUCCUCGAGCAGCAUGCAGACCCCAAUGCCAAAGCCCACUGCGGGGCCACGGCGCUGCACUUUGCGGCUGAGGCUGGCCACUUGGAGAUAGUGAGGGAGUUGGUCAAGUGGAAGGCGGCGAUGAUGGUCAACGGCCACGGGAUGACUCCGCUGAAAGUAGCAGCUGAGAGCUGCAAGGCAGAUGUGGUGGAGCUGCUGCUGGCGCACGCCGGCUGCAACAGGAGAAGUCGGAUCGAGGCGCUGGAGCUGCUGGGAGCCUCGUUUGCUAACGACAGGGAGAACUACGACAUCAUGAAGACUUACCACUACCUGUACUUAGCGAUGCUGGAGAGGUACAGAGACAGCGAGGAUAUCAUCGAGAAGGAAGUUCUUCCACCCAUCGAAGCGUACGGGAACAGGACGGAAUGCAGAACUCCUCAGGAAUUAGAGUCCAUCAGGCAGGACAGAGAUGCCCUCCACAUGGAAGGCCUCAUUGUGCGUGAAAGAAUUCUGGGCUCGGACAACAUCGAUGUCUCUCACCCCAUUAUUUACCGUGGGGCUGUUUAUGCGGAUAGCAUGGAGUUCGAGCAGUGUAUCAAGCUGUGGCUCCAUGCCUUGCACCUGAGGCAAAAAGGCAACAGGAAUACUCACAGGGACCUGCUGAGGUUUGCCCAGGUCUUUUCUCAGAUGAUACACUUAAACGAGCCGGUUAAAGCCAAGGACAUCGAGAGUGUUCUGAGGUGCAACGUCUUGGAAAUAGAACAAGGCAUGUCCCGCAUCAAAACCACCCAGGACGCUGACAUCCACACAGCCAUGGACAACUACGAAUGCAAUAUUUUUACCUUCCUCUACUUGGUCUGCAUCUCCACUAAGACCCAGUGCAGCGAAGAGGAUCAGUCGCGCAUCAACAAGCAGAUCUACACCCUGAUUCAUCUCGACCCCAGGACGCGGGAUGGCUCCAGCCUGCUGCAUCACGCCGUCAAUUCCAGCACUCCCGUGGACGACUUCCACACCAAUGAUGUCUGCAGCUUCCCGAAUGCUCUCGUCACGAAGCUGCUGCUGGACUGCGGUGCUGAUGUGAACGCUGUGGACAACGAGGGGAACAGUCCUCUCCACCUCAUUGUCCAAUACCACAGGCCCAUCAGUGACUUCUUGACGUUGCAUUCCAUCAUCAUUAGCCUGGUGGAGGCCGGAGCCCACACAGACAUGACAAAUAAGCAGAAGAAAACUCCUCUGGAUAAAAGUACCACGGGGGUGUCUGAAAUACUCCUUAAAACUCAAAUGAAGCUGAGUCUCAAGUGCCUGGCUGCCCGUGCGGUGCGGAUCUAUAACAUCAGCUAUCAGAACCAGAUCCCCAGAACUCUGGAGGAGUUUGUGAAGUUUCACUAGGCUACACAAAACCUUUUGUGGUGGUGCUAUCCCACGAUGACAUCGAUUGCAGGCGACAGAACAUGCGUGUAUACAUGGAGUUGUGUUUCUCUCUCGUUUUGGUUCCUUUGGAUUCGGUCUGCAGCCUCUGUUCUCAUGUGGAUCCUGGGGGGGAUAAAAGCCACGUGAUUUUCCCAUAGUCACACCUGGUGUUUGAGAUUUUGGUCAUUGCUUUUAAUUAGAAAAAUAAUCAUAAUGUUUUCUCCCUUGUUUUCAGGGACAAAAGAAAAAGAUUCCCCAUGUAAGUGGUGCAGAAUAUUUUGUUCCAAAUCUAUCUCUCUGCUGGUGAUGGCAGUUGAAUGCUCUGAGUGGUUCCAUACAAAGGCACCCCAGUGCCCCACUCACGCUGCUCCCAAGGUUUUAAAGUGUCUCCAAGUGAGGUAGGGGAUGGAAUUCCCUGGUCGUUACGUGGUUAAUGUCUCAGCACACAGAGCAGCCCAUUGCUCUUAUACCUCACAGUCUUACAAUGCCUUUCAGUUCAUGCUGAAGAUGUUGGUAACAUCUUAAAAGCUUUUAAUUUUCUUUUUAAUGACUUUCUGAACAGCAGUUAUCAACAGCUACAGAAGUAAGGGAUGCUCUGUUAGGAAAUACAGGUUCAAAUUCAGAUGUGGUCUGUUCCUCUCGUUAACAGUUGAAGUACCAAGCUCUUCAUUGGCAAUACUCUGGUAAGUGUUGAGUAGCUUCUGGAGAACGAACUGGCACGUUGGUCAAAGUGAACCAGCAGCAUGGUUUCCUUUUAUGCAGCUAAAAGUCCCUCACAUGUAAAGGCCCUGCAUGGGUACCUGGGGAAUGGACAGGGUAUCUGUGUCUGUGUGUGUCCCAGCAUUUCAAACUGCUUUUCACUUGUUUUUGGGCGCUCAACACGCACCUUCCUCGGACUCAAAGUGUGUGGAGCUGCACUCUCAGAUUCCAAAUGCUGUAUCUUCCUAACGGGGUCGUCGUCGCCAAAGAGAGUCUUCCUUCAGAGCGUGAUUCUGCUUGAAACUGCUUCCUCCAACAAGCCAGGAGUCUGUGCCUCCCCCAGUUGGACUUUGUGAGAAUUUUUUCAUCAUUUUUACUCCUUUCAUUAUGGAAAUCUCUCUUAAAACUGAUUUUUACGAUGAACUCUCCUAUCAUAAGGUCUUCUAUGGUAAGCAGCUGAUUGUACAGUGGAACUGUUGCCUCAGACGGGGCUCGUCCUGGCUGGGAGCUGCAGAUGCUGUGGCAGUACUGCGUCGCUGGUCUCACCGCCCCCUGGGAACUCUGCCAUUUUAAAAGCAGCUUUUUAACCCUCAGAUGAUGAAAGAAUGUUCUGUAGGUUUGUUUUUUUUUUUUAAACAAUGAUCCGGGUAGAACUCCAAGGCGAGAUUAUGGCACACGUUUCUAUUUGUAUGACAAAUAAAUAAACACUGAAUGUGG